GUUGGUUUGCCUCUGCGGAGGGGGUGCUGAAGCUGCUGCGGCACGGGGAGAGCGAUGCGUGGCUGGCACUGGGGCUCAUGUUUCACCUGUCAGUCCUGCCCCUCACCAAGCAGCUCUCCGCGCUGUCGGGUCAGCUGUGGAGCCGCACGCUGGCGGGUCAGCGGGCGCAGCGCAUCGAGAUGCUGCUGCUGCACGAGUUCCACGGCAGGAAGUACCUGCUGCCGGAUAAGCAGAGCUACAAGGACAAGCAGCGGCGGCAGCAGGCGGAGGCGGACGCAGAGGACCUGGACAUGGGGGGAGGGGACGAGGAGGGCGGAGGCGAGGAGGGAGGUCGCGGAGGCAAGAAGGGCAAGGGCGCUGCAGCUGCCAAGAGCAACGGACCCAAGUACAGCGGAGGUCUGGUUUUGGAGCCCAAGAAGGGACUGUACGACAAGAUUGUGAUCAUUCUGGAUUUCAACUCGCUGUACCCCUCCAUCAUCCAGGAAUACAACAUCUGCUUCACCACAGUGCAACGACCAAAGGACGGCUCCCUGCCCCCCCUGCCCGACCCGGCAACCGCCGCCAACGGUCUGGCGCCCCUGCCUGCCGUACUGCAGGCGCUCGUACAGCGGCGGAAGCAGGUGAAGCAGGCCAUGUCCUCGGAGCGCAACCCCCUCACCCGGCAGCAGCUGCAGAUUCGGCAGCAGGCCAUCAAGCUGACCGCCAACAGCAUGUACGGCUGCCUGGGUUUCGGAGCCAGCAGGUUUUACGCGCAGCCGCUGGCGGAGCUGAUCACGGCGCAGGGGCGAGCCAUCCUGGGCAGCACGGUGGAGCUGGUGCAGGGGAGCAUUGGGGCGGAGGUGAUCUACGGCGACACGGACUCCAUCAUGGUGGCCACCCGGUCCGACUCGGUGGAGGAGGCGCGGGCGCUGGGGGCGCGGAUCAAGAGGGAGGUCAACAAGAGAUACAAGCUGCUGGAGAUUGAGCUGGACGGCGUGUUCCGCUCCAUCCUGCUGCUCAAGAAGAAGAAGUACGCGGCAAUGAAGCUGGAGCCGGAUGGGGGGGGGAAGCUGGUGGAGGUGAUGGAGCAGAAGGGUCUGGACAUUGUUCGCCGCGACUGGUGCCCGCUGUCCAAGGAUGUGGGCAACUUUGCGCUGUCCGCCGUGCUGUCGGGUCGGGGGCGGGAGGAGGUGGUGGCGGACAUACACACACACCUGCGGCAGGUGGCGGAGAGGGUGCGGGCGGGGCAGAUCCCGCUAGGCAAGUUCAUCAUCACCAAGCAGCUCACCAAGCGCCCCGAGGACUACCCGGAUGCGCGCAACCAGCCGCAUGUGCAGGUGGCGCUGCGGCGGCGGGCGGCGGGCAAGCGGGACGGAGUGCUGCCCGGGGAGACGGUGCCGUACAUCAUUUGUGUGGAGCGAACACCACCACCCGCUGCUGCUGCUGGGGCUGAUGCGGAGGGUGCUGCAGCUGCUGCCCCCAGCAGUGGUGCUGCCAGUGGCAGUCUGGCUGAGCGCGCUCGUCACCCCGAGGAGCUGCGGGAGAACGCGGGGCUGGCGGUGGAUGUGGAGUACUACCUGACACAGCAGAUCCACCCCGUGGUGUCCCGGCUGGUUAGCCCGCUGGAGGGGACGGAUGCGGCCCACAUCGCGGACUGCCUGGGGCUGGACCCCGCUAGGUACCGCGGUGCGGCGGGUGGCGGCGGAGGCGGCGGCGAGGAGGAGGAGUCCUCGCUGCUGCUGGGGGCCUCGGGGGGCACUCUCAUGGACGAGGAGGACAACUUUAGGUCCUGCUCGCCGCUGCUGCUGCUCAGCCCCAACGGCAGCUCCUUCCCCCUGCGCGGGGUGGCGGAGGUGCUGCGGGGGGCGCUCAUGCCGGACCAGCUGCUCACACCGCCGGAUGCGCUGGGGGAUGAGGGG